AUGGAGCCGCGAGGGGAGGCCAUCGGGGGCACCCCGCCCCAGCGAUCCGAGCGUCGCUUCGGCGUCCUGGGGCCCCAGAGAAUAGACCGCGACGGCGUCGGCUUCGCGUCGCACGAGAACCUCGCGGAGGUGGUGCCCUACCUCAACAGGUCCUUAAACGACCUCGGGUAUCCCGGCCCGCUGGAGCUGGAGGCGCCCAGCGUCGGGGAUCUGGCGCGCGUCGCCAACGUCCUCUUCCUCAUCCUCCGCGACAGGCAGCAGGACGCGGCCAGCCGCGAGCAGUGGGGCAGGGAGCGGCGGCGGCUCGCGGCGGACAAGGCCCGCGCGGAGACCUUCUACGAGCGCGCGCGCGCGGAGCUCGCCGCGAAGGAUGAGGAGCUGGCGAAUUCCUUGGCCAAGUCCGACGGGCGGGUGGACAAGGAACGGAGGAGGCUCGACGACGCGACCGCGGAGUGCGCCAGCCUGAAGCAACGGCUGCUCAAAUCCCAGCAGAGGUGCGCCACGCUGGAGAACGAGUCGCGACGGCGGGAGAAGGAGCGCGAGAAGCUCAGCGCGAGGCUCGAGAAAUUCGUCAACGAUCGGCGCAGGGACGUCGCGAACGCGACUCCCGUCGGGGUCAUGCGCGUCACCACGGGCGGGCCCGACGACGUGGGGCCCGCCGUCGAACAGAAGGUCUCAUUCGGCGGCUUGAACGCCGCGAACGCCACGUCCCGCGUCCCGAACGUGCACGCCACGGGGCGGCACAAGACCGUCGCCGCCGCCGCAGCCACGUCCAAAGCCGCGGCGCUCGACGCCGCGGCUCGCGUCGCGGCUUCGCUGGCGUCGCCGUUCGUCAGCCAGGAGCUGCACCACCAGAUGAUGGGCGCGUACGAGGCGAAGAUGCGGUCGCUGAUGCACGACGUGAACGACCUUCGCGAGCUCCUCGCCGCCAACGGCGUCGAUCCGGAGACGGGGGAACGGAUCGGAGACCCCGAGCGACGACAAACCGCGGGAGGCUAUCUUCCAUCGCCCGCGGAGGCGCGCGGGGAUCUCGGGGGUGCGGGACCCGACGCGAUGGCGUCGGGCGCGAUGGCGCUGGGUGACGUUGAGGACGAGACGGCGGCGGCGGCGCGCGACGCCGCGCUCAUAGCGGCGGCGACGGAGGCGGAGAUUGGCGUCGGCGACGACGCGUUUACUUUCAACCUAGGCGCGCUGCGACGGAGGCUCGGGGAUGAUGGAUCGGCGCGGUCGCCGCCGCGGGGGUUCGGGGCGACGACGACGACGACGACGACGCGAGCGUCCACGGAGCGGCUGCCCACGGCGCCGCCGGCCGCGCUCGCGUCCGGCCGCGCGGCGCCGAACGAGACACAGCCGGCGGGUGCCCUCGCGUCCGGCGGGUCGGCGGGGUCCGUCCCGUCCGCGGGGGCCCCGUCGCCCAUCGAGGUGGCGUUGGCUUGGCACGAGCGCGAGCACGCGAGGCUCCGCGGCGUCCUGUCCCACCCGCCGAGGGAGCUCCGCGACGCGCCCACGCCCGAGCUGGCGUUCGAGGUUGAGAAGACCAUCCUAUCCCCCGCCAAGUCGGCGGCGAGCGGCGGCGGCGGCGGCGUCGCGGCGGCGAGGGAGGACCUGCGCGGGGCGGUGGCGGCGGCGAGGGCGGCGGCGGCGAAGGCGUCCCCCGCGAGGCAGCAGCUCCACUGGAACGAGCCGCCGUCGCCCGCGCGCGCGCCCGCCCCCAUCUACGAGUCAAGCCCAUCGGUUUCCUCAGCCGAGGAGGACGACGACGCUCCGACGCCGAGGACGACGCCGCCGACGCCCGCGUUCGGCGCCGCGGCGUCGCGCGCGUACGACAAUCCCAUGGCGGACGACGCCGCAGACCUCGACGGGGAGGAGCUCGCGCGGGAGGCGGCGGCGGCGGCGGCGGAGCGCGAGGCUGAGGCGGCGGCGGCGGUUUUCGCCGAGCGGGUCGAUCGAGCGUUCAACAGCGUUCAACACGAGGCGUCGCGCGGGUCGAUCGACGACGCGGGCGAGGACCUCGUCGAGCUCGACGUGGGUCUCAUGGCGGACGACGACGACGACGUGUACGUGGCGGACGACGAUUCGCACGUUCAACGCGUUCAACGCGAGGCGGCCGGGACCCCGACGGGGCGAGUGACGGUGGAGCCGAGGUCGGACACGAUCGCGGCGUUCGUGGACGGUUCCAGGCGGCUUCCAGAAUUCGAAGGAGUCGGGGAGAGGGACCGCGGCGGCGCGUUCGGUUCCCCCGCGGACGUCCCUGCCGAUCGAACCACGGGACGUCCGGAAGCCGGGGUGUCGGCCGGGGCUGGGGCUGGGGCGGAUUUCGGCGCGAGGAUGGCACAGCUGUCGACGCCGCGGGCCCAGCCGCCCGCCCCGGCGGCCGUCGCCCCCCCCUCGCCCGCGCCGCCCGCGUCACCGCUGGACGAGCUCCUCGCGCGGCACCUCAAACUGGGUCGCGGCAGGCCCACCGCGGGCGGCGGGGAGGGCGACGCAAAGGAGGAUUGGAGGGAACGUUACAGGCGCCGGCGAGCCAACCCGUUCGCGUCCUUCGCUGCGAACGACGCCAAGCUGGCGGUGGACGCGUCGCAGCAGACGCCGGGGUUCGCGAUGCUGCACAGCGGAUGA